CGAGGUGUGAUUAGGUCACUUGUCACUAGUUUAAACUAAUGUGAAGCAGAAAGCAGAAGUCCAAGCAUGCGGAAACAGCACCCUCCAGUUCUGAUUAGCUUCUUGUUUGUACCACAGUGUGGUAAGCUAACACUGCCUUGGCUCACUUUAACCCUUCCACAGGCGUGGAUGUACUGACUCCUGUCUCCCUUGAAGAAAGAAACAUCUCCUUCUACAGAGGGUGAGCAAGAGAUAGAGAAUUCAUCCUGCAAGCUACCACCACCAAAAUGAAGACAGCAAAUGUUCUUGUUCUCACCUUUGUCCUGCUUUACAUCGAUGUCAGCACAGAGUGGCCUACGCAUACCGUCUGCAAAGAGGACAACCUGGAAAUAUAUUACAAAAGCUGCGAUCCCAAGCAAGACUUUGCUUUCACCAUUGACCGCUGUUCUGAUAUCACAACCCACACCUUUAACAUCAGAGCUGCCAUGGCACUAAGACACAGCAUCAAGGAACUCCACCUCAAGGUUAACCUGAUCAUAAAUGGGAAGACUGUCUUAACUUACUCGGAGUCACUCUGUGAGCCUGGUCAUUCUGAGCUUGGUUUCUGUGGAAUGAAGAAAGGAGAACACUUUUACUAUGAAGGACCAAUCACACUGGGAAUCAAAGAAAUCCCUCAGGGAGAUUACACCGUUUCAGCAGUGCUGACUAAUGAACAGCACGCCACCGUCGCUUGUGCCGAUUUCACCGUGAAGAAUUACCUCGAUUAUUAUUAGCAACAACCCAAUUUUGGGAAGGCUACCAAAGCUCUUCCAGCCAAGUGAGCUGCUUAUGUGCUACAACGAUUCUGAAGGAAAUAAUCCCCACUACUCACUAUUUCCAAGAAGCCACUAGAGCCUCUAGUGGUAAUUUUAGCUCUAGAUGCAUGCUGUGGCCCACUUUUUGCUUCUAAUGUAUACAGCUGCAAGUAGAAAGGAUCUGAUAGCAACAUUCUCAUCGUGUGAUGAAAAUAACAUCAGGCAGAAGAGGCGAGAGCCUAAAUAUUUUUCUGCAGCAAGUUAUGGAGGUAUCCGUUUCUAACACAGACUAAAGACAACUUUCCUGUGUAUCACAGAUUAUUCAGCUGCAGUACUCAACACUUUCAGUCUUCCCUGGAGCCUCCGCUGGCAGGGAUUUUCUUAGAACUACAAAGCAAAGACCAAAGAGAAAGAACAUGCCCUUUUUACCCAUGAUCAUUUGAGUCUUCUGGAAUCUACCUGGAAAUUUUUCUGUUCUUCAUUGGUUUAAGUGAUACAUGGAUCAUUCUGCACCUAAGCUAUGCCCUCUUCAUGCUUCAUAAUAAAUUCAUACUG